AUGGAAAACUUAUCUUCUACUACCCCUACUCAACAUGCUCGUUCUCAAUCUGUUUUUGAUACAUCAUAUAAUACCACUGACUCUAAACAACUGCCUCAAACUGAUCGUUCUCAAUCUGUUUCUUCUAAUGCACUAUAUAAAUUCACUAAUCCUCAACUAAC